AUGUCAGACUCGGCUGUUCUCACACAAAUCUUGACCACCCUUGCAGACUUGCAAGCAAGUCAAUACCUUCUCUCCCAAAAGGUCGACAAGAUCCAGACAGAGUCCGUGCACCUCCCACAUGGAGUCAAGCCCCACAUCUACGACAAGCACUACUUGGGCCACUUUGACUCGGACCAUGACACCGUUGUGUCACCCACGUUUGCACCCAAGAUGGACCACGCAAGUCUUUUUACCGAAAAGCCCACCUUGUUGACUCACCCAGACGAGCCAGGAGUAAAGCCAUACACCAUGAACUGGGGCGACGCAGACCCUCAAGUCCGAGGACCCAUCAUCGUCACCCGUCACCGCUCGUCUAUGAACAUUCGAAAUGCACUGGGAGCGUAUGGCGGCCCUUACUCCAUCUACCGUGCAAUGGCUGUUGCCAUGGAGGAACUCGCCGAAGACCAUCGACCCAACUUUGAUCACACGGAGCCGGUCAUCAACAUUCCGCAGCAACCCCAGUGGUCGGACCCCACCAAGAUCGUCUCUUUUGAUCCUUUUGGACACAUGACAACCCAAUUCUACAAGAAGGAGAUUGAGCAGGGUCUGGAUAUCCGUCCCACUAUCGCCAUCACGCGCGCCCAUAUGCUCGUCCCCGAGAUCCAAGCAGAGGUCAAGAGCGGCGCUUUGGCUGUUGAUGGCAAGGUUGUCAUCACGGACGCAGGAGAGCUCAACGUCCACAAGGCUGCCAUUGAUCCCGUUUGGUUUCUCCCUGGCGUCGCUGCUCGCCUCAACGUCGAGGAAGAUUUCCUCCGUCGCUGUCUCUUUGAGAGCACAGGAGGAAUGUACCCUGAAUUGAUCAGUCGACCGGACAUCAAGGUGUUUUUGCCACCCAUCGGAGGAUUGACUGUAUACAUUUUUGGCAACCAUGAGCUCAUUUCCGAUCCAAAGACACGACUGACAGUCAGGGUGCAUGAUGAAUGCAAUGGCUCGGAUGUGUUUUGCUCCGACAUCUGCACAUGUCGACCUUACCUCGUCUUUGGCAUGGUUGAGGCCAUCAAGGAAGCCCAGAAUGGCGGCGUUGGGCUGAUCAUCUACUUCCGCAAGGAAGGUCGUGCCUUGGGGGAGGUCACCAAGUACCUUGUCUACAACGCCCGUAAAAGGGAGGGCGACUCUGCCGCCAAGUAUUUUGAACGGACAGAGAAUGUCGCAGGGGUCAAGGACGUGAGAUUCCAGGAUCUGAUGCCUGACGUGCUCCACUGGCUCGGGAUCACCAAAAUCGACCGAUUCAUGUCCAUGUCUAACAUGAAGCAUGACGCCAUCAUCGACGCCGGCAUACAGAUUUUAGAACGUGUUCCCAUCCCGGACGAGCUGAUCCCAGCGGAUUCCAAGGUGGAGAUUGACGCCAAGAUCGCUGCAGGAUAUUUCACCAAUGGACACAUCCCUGACGCGGAGGACCUGUCGCGCACAGUUGGAGCUCAACCUGAUCAACCAUACCCCUACGACCCCGACGAAUCUCGUCUCGCAGGUCAGUUCCUCCACAUCACCGACAUUCACCCGGACGAGUUCUAUAUCAACGGAGGAUCCAUCUCGACCUCCUGCCACAGAAACACGACCAACGAAGACGAUGACAUGAUGCGGAUGAUGAGGCCCGGACGGACAGAUGGCGGUUAUGGUGGAAUUUAUGGAUCGCCUUAUUCGAUCUGUGAUAGCCCGUUCUCGCUCACCAAUGCGACCUUUGACUGGAUCGAUCGCAACCUGAUUCAAUCUCUUGAUUUUGUUGUAUGGACUGGUGACAAUGCACGACACGAUUCCGAUAACGAACGUCCCCGUACACAAAAAGAGAUCGAGGACCUCAACAAGGCCAUCGCCAACAAGUUCCUGGAGACCUUCACGCCCGACAAAGACGAUCCCUUUGAGCAGCGCAUCCCCAUCGUCCCCUCGAUCGGCAACAACGAUGUCUACCCCCACAACAUUAUGGAAGCCGGUCCCAACAGGAUCCUACAGCAUUUCUCUGAUAUCUGGUCACCCUUUAUCCCCGAGAGCCAGUACCAUACCUUCCAGCAUGGAGGGUAUUACGCCUCUGAGGUCGUCCCCGGCAAGAUCACGGUCGUGGCGCUCAACACACUUUAUUUCUAUAACUCGAACGCAGCUGUGGAUGGGUGUGAUUCCGAGGAUGAGCCCGGCACAGAUCAGAUGGAUUGGUUGGAGGUUGAGUUGGAGUCGUUGCGGAAGAGGAAGAUGACGGCUUAUCUGACGGGGCAUGUCCCGCCCGCCCGCAAGUCCUAUUCGCCGACUUGUUUUGUCCGAUAUACUGAUAUUGCACUCCGGUACCAGGAUGUCAUUGUCGGGCAUUUGUAUGGACACGCCAACAUUGAUCAUUUCUUUAUCCUCUCCCAGGCGACCCUCAACAGUGAUUCUGUCGAUGCGGAGGCAGAGGAGGACUUGGAAGAGCAGGAGCAGGAGCAGUCGUCGAACAGUAGAUUGGAUCAAGGAAGCAACAAGCAGACGGUGUUAGACGCAUGGAUCAACAACAACAACAGUAGCAGGAGCAUAUCCCCCUCCUCAAUAUCGACAGCAUCCGGCCGGACUCGUCAGCGUCUCGAACAGGAAGCCAAGUCAUUCGAUGUGGCGGAUGAGGACGAACACUAUGCGUUCCACACCCUGGGCUUGAGCUCUUACCUGCUCGAGCUCUGGGAGCAGUACGAGGAUAUCCCCAAGAAGGCCAAGAUGUCUGAUUUCGCGAUCGCCCUUGUGGCACCCUCUGUCGUCCCGACCUACAACCCUGCUCUUCGCGUCUACACCUACCAACUCGCCAUUGAGAAGCCCGAAGCACCUGACCAACCAUACCAGGCUUUGCAACAGGAUCAAGAUUACAUCGAGGAGGAUGAGUAUGAGUCCUCGGGAGAGUCAGAUAGUAACGGCAAGAAGAAGAAGAAGCCCAGGAAGCCCAGAAAGCCCACCCGACCUCCCAACCCCCCCGCAGUCCCACCCUUCACCUUCGGCUUCCCCCUCAACUAUACACAGUACUUUGUCAAUCUGACCAUGGCCAAUUCGGUGGCUGCCCUGGACCCCACAAAGCCUGUCGAGUACCAGGUCGAGUACCGGAGUCGAGAGGAUUACGGAUUGAAGGAUCUGAGUGUCUCCGAGUGGUUGGCGCUGGCGAAACGGAUUGUCAAGAGUGAGAUGAAGAAGAAGCAGUAUAUGGCGUGGAUGGUCGUUCUCACCGGAACUGAGAAUGAUCACUUUUGA